AUGUCCCUUCCACUUCCAUUGUUACUCUUAAACAUCCUCUUCUCCAUCCUACUUCUUCCAACUCCCACCACACAGUCACUUCCAGUGGCACCCAUUUCAAAGGACAAAUCAACCAACCUCUUCACAAUCUCAGUUUCCACAAAAACUCCACUCCGCCCCACAAAACUCUACCUAGACCUCGGCUUCUUAUUCCCAUGGAUGGUCUGCGACGGCGCCACCUACAACUCCUCCUCUUUCCACUCCAUCACCUGCGACCCCACCUUCUGCGCUGACCUCGGAUUCGGCGGACUCUCCUGCGACAACUGCACCGACUUCGGCCCUCCCGACCCCAACUGUGUCCCCUCCAACUUAGUCUGCGGCGCCUUCCCGGAAAACCCAGUCACCGUGGAUUCCAUCUCCGACGAAGUCCUCGUCGACACACUCUCUCUCCCCACCACCGACGGCCCCACACUCCACCACCUCCCCAACUUCACCUUCUCAUGCGCCCUCUCCACUCUCCUCAAAGGCCUGCCCAAAACCGCCACCGGCCUCGCCACACUGUCCCGGUCCAAACUCUCUCUGCAGAACCAGAUCACACCGGCACUGAACUCCUUUGCACUCUGCUUUCCUUCUUCCUCCAAGGCUACCGGUGUCGCCAUCUUCGCCUCAACCGGACCCUUCUACGCAUCUUUGCCAUCUUCUUCUUCUUCCUCCAAAAUUGAUCUCUCUGAAUAUUUCAUUCACACUCCCCUUCUUAUCAACCCAGUUGCAACCGGGGACACUGAAAUCACCUACGCCGACACCCUCCACUCUCCGCAAUACUUCAUCGGUUUGACUUCAAUCCAAGUCAACGGCCAUUCUGUUCCGGUCAACGCAUCUCUGUUAACCAUUCGUCAGGAUAACGGGUUUGGUGGAACCAAGAUCAGCACCGCCACUCCCUACUCUGUUCUGGAAUCUUCCAUUCACAAGGCCUUCACCCAGUUGUUCGUGAAGGAAUCAUCUUCCUCUGCUUUCAACCUGACUCCUGUAUCUUCUCCGGUGAAGCCGUUUAGCGUGUGUUACCGUGCUAGCGACAUCGCCGUCACACGUGUGGGUCCGCUGGUGCCGACGGUUGAGCUUGUGCUGCACGCGGCGAACGUGGUUUGGAGGGUGUUAGGUGCGAACUCGAUGGUGAGGGUUACGAAUAAGAAGAAGGGGUUGGAUUUGUGGUGCUUGGGGUUUGUGGAUGGUGGGAUUAACAAGAAAACGCCGAUCACGAUUGGAGGGAAGCAGCUUGAAGAUAAUGUUGUUCAGUUUGAUCUUCAAUCGAACAUGUUUGGAGUCACUUCUUCGCUCUUGUCUCACUCACUCUCUUGUUCUGAUGUCAAUGCCUACUAUUUUCCUCGUGACUGA